UGGUCACAUGACUCAGAGUGAAGAUGUCUGCUGCAGAGGAGGACACGGAACUGAGAGACCUGCUCAUUCAAAAUUUGGAAAACAGUGGCGUUUUGAACAAGAUAAAGGCUGAAUUGCGAGCUGCUGUGUUUCUGGCUUUAGAGGAGCAGGACAAAGUUGAGAAUAAAACGCCGCUUGUAAACGAAAAUCUGAAAAAUUGUCUCAACAGUAAAGAUGGACGUCUCGUAGCCAGUUUAUUCACAGACUUUCUGCAAGUGUACAAUCUUGACUUCACUCUUGCAGUAUUUCAACCAGAGAUUAACACGUUAAAUGGAUUGGACAGUCGUGAAAGUUUGUCCAAAGAGCUUGGCCUUUCUGAAUCGGAAGUUAACAAGGGUACACCUCUUCUCCUUGAAUUCAUCAGAAGAGGCCGGCACAAGGACAAGUCCUCCAUUUUUUCAGAGGGGGAUUGCGCAGUGCAAAUUCCAAAGGAGCUGUCGUCCCAUCAAAUUUCUGAAGCGCGAAAAAAAUAUGAAGGCAAAGACAAGGAUGGAAGUGGUGGAAUAAGCAAAGAUGAAGCCAUUGGUAUUUUUUCAGAUCUUCUCCCCGGUUUUAGCAGAAGUAUGCUAGAAAGAUUUGUCACAGAUGAAAUUGGAGCCAAAAACAGAAAUUCUGUAGACUUUCAGGUUUUUUUGGAAAUGUACAAGCUGCUUUUUGUUCAGUGCAGAAGUGUGGUUACCAGUAAUGCAAGUGAUGCAGUUCAUCCUGUAAGUAAGCUUACUGAAGAGAAAAUCAGUUCCUCACUAACAAGCAAGGCUGAAGAACCAAAGAGUCACAAUGAGCCCCUGAGCUCCCAAAAGAACAGAGCUUUUGGGCCCAGCGAAGGGUUUCUUGCCAGCAGGAAUGCACCGGCAGACAUAAGAACGCUGGACCUAGAUGAUGAUGAUGAUGAUGAGGAAGGAGACUCAUUCUUUGAUGAUCCUCUUCCAAAACCUCAAAAGACCUAUGGCUGCAGUAGUUUACCAUCUACAGAUAAGCCAUACUCAGGGCAGAGACAUUCUGAAAAGAUCUUUAGUCAGAAAGAUCUGUCUGCUAUAGGCAGUGACACUGAGGGGGAUGGAGAGGGGAUAUUAUUAGACUGUGAGAACAACCUCAGUGGUCAUGAGCUCAGGAGGGCAGAUUCAGCAAAGACAGCAGGAAGAACUCCCUCCCCAUUUUCAGAAACACCUCUGUUAAAGAGUACGGAGAACAGCCAAAAAGAGCCUCUCUCUAGUAAGAACGAUGAAGACCUUGACUAUGAUGAUGACUUCACUAGUCAUCACUCAAAGAGUGAGGUGAGCAUUGGGGAGGAGAUCGAAGAGUUUUCUACUGAGGGACCUGAUCUCAGCGACAAGCUGCAAGAGCUCACUCAGGACAUAAGUGUGUCUCAGCUGAGUCAAGGUGCAGAUUACAUAGAGGACGUGGCGUGACAACCAGACUUCAGCUGCUUUUCUUUCUGUGUAUUUAUGUAUGUAUUAUGUAAACUUAUUGUGUCACCAGUUCCUAUUAAAGCUCUACAGCUCA